AGCUGGGGCUGCAAUGAUUGACGAUUAAACGCCGAGGCUUCGUGGGGUUUGAAUGCCGUUUAAGUUGAGGCCCGCUGGCAUCAAUGCAUCGCAGAACACCAGGAACAAUAGAUGGGCUUUUGUACCCUGGAUGCUUCAAGGCCUGAUUAACAACGGUCAAGGCUCAAUAGCGGCCAAACAAGGCACGCACGUCCAAAUGAUUGUCCAUUUUAGUCAAAGUGGCAUCGUGCUCUCUGGCAACUUUCCUUGCCCCAGCCGUACGAGGCCACGAUGUGUGUCCACGGUUCAGGCCCUGGUCCUGGUCCCUUGCACCCUGGCGCCCCGCUAUCAAAAGGCACUGUGGAACCCUGGAUUUCUAUUUCCAUUCGCGCAGAACAACGAAACAGAAUGACAACAGCGCUGACAACGGCUGCCGACAGCGCAGGAUAUGGAGAAUAUCGGCAGCGUGGCACGCCUAUAGAUGUCUCUGAGCCGCCGCCACGGAUGACUCAAACCGCGCUGUUCAGGCCUCCGUCGUCGCAACUGGCUGAUGGCCCAUCGACGACUUUGGGGCUCAAGCACACACGCGCUCAUCCAGUCUAUCGGUCUCGCCGGCUGAUGAUGUCACUCGACCUGGCGGUGAUGCAUUCUUACCCUGAUUGUGCUCUGUCGUUGGCGGUUGAGAAAUUCAACGAGACAAUGCUGGCGACGAUCACGGGACCGUGUGCAUGCAAAAUGACUGCAUUCCUUCUCUCAGUUCUGUUUCUGUUCGGGCGUACCACGAAUAAGCGUCGCUGAAGACAAUGCCGGGCUGCUGGGAUCAUCAGCGUGGAGUAGCUAGUGCAUGCCCUAAGGAGAUCGUCCAACGUUUCUACCCACGCUGUUAAACUCGCACGUGGAGAUCCAACUCGUUCGUUGUUUGAGCUUUGAUCCUAUCAAUGGACCAUUUUGAGAUAAAUCUGAGCUAGCACGAGCAAGUAGGCAAAUAAGGCAACACACGAAGCUUGCACCUGUGACUGCGCUAAUCACGAAUGCUUCGAUCAUUACGGUUUUCUUUACUUACGGGAAGGAUUCUCGCUCAGUGUGCCGUUGUUCAUGGUUACAUGUGUGACAGCCUAUCGAACCGAUGUUUACGACUGAAGGGAGGGAGACAGAUUCGGAGAAUAUCGAGUGCGGAGGCUGGCGUUACACAAAGCAUCUGCUUGUGAAACCCCAGUGAUGAGUUCCGGCAAGGCACAGCACCACAGAGGUGCCCUUUUGAGCUGAGUUGACAUGAAAGCAACCAAUAUGUAUCCUGGUCGGCUGUCAGGUGGACAAGAUUCAUAGUCUCACCAAACUGGUCCCUUGCAUGACAGUGGAAGGUGAGUCGUCCUGGUCCUUUGUUUCUGGCUGUGAUGGUGUAAGGCGAAGAAAAACUCCAGAUUGAUGAGGUGGUAUUGACAGAAUACCACGAUAAUCACUCUAUAACAAAACAUUCACGAUAGAAGAAGUAGAAGAAAUCGAUUACUGAAAAUGAAUGUCAGAACAAUUCGCCUGCUGAUAAGGGUAGCGUGUCAUUG